AUGUACUUUCCGGCUGUUCUCUUUUAUGGGCCAUUGAAUCCAUCUCCUCCUUCGCAGACGGGUCGUCGACUUCCUCUUCUGCCAAUUUCACUCGUUGGACACUAUCCAACAAUGUCCUUACCAACUCAUCAGGGCGCUUCUAAACCUCAGGAUCAUACGCUAUGUUUCAUUGAUGCUUUUUUCUCUCCAGACGAUUCAAGCGGUGUGUCGUCAUGUACCACUUCAGACAGCCUUAAUCCCACGCACAGAGUUCAGUCCGCAUUCAUUCCCAGACAUUCCGAUGAAGUUCUACUUGACAUUGGGGAUGCAGUACAUGUGGACAGAACUUGUGAGGACCAUUGGUGCUAUGGAACCAACCUUCGAACGGGUAUGACAGGAAUUUUCCCAUCUGCUGUUGUCUGUGAAAUCGAUAUCGUUGAAGAGAUCUGCAUGGGAGCUUUGCCGUCCAAUGCUUCCAGUAAGUUCUUAAUGACUAUUGGGCUUCUGCAAAGGGGCAGAGAAAUGGCCUGUAACUUGAGCUGCUGGGCUUUUUUCAUCGAUUUCCUUCUGACUUCGUUCAUUUCUUUUGGUUCUGUUGAAACUCAACUCGAGAAUUUCAGGCGAGCUUUCAAGCGUUCCUACGACGAAUACAUGGCGUUCGCCCACCCGACGGAAGACAUAUAUUUGGAAUGA